AUGCCGAGACCAGCGGCUAAGCGCAAUCGUUUGGCGACCAGGACUCUAGGGGUUUCGGACCACACCCAGGGUCAUGGACCACGAAGUACUGUUGAAUCUAGAGGAAUUUCCCGUUCGCCGACAAGCGAUUCCGUGGGUAAUUCGCGACUAGCAGACAGCGCCGACCCGUCUGAUAUUAUACGCCAACUGAGGAACCAAACACCCAUAAGCAAAGCACAUGAGUUUGCGAUCGGGUCGUCCCCAGGAACCGAACAAGGAGUUACAGGUAGCCGACCACCUACGAGGGCUCGCGGGUAUUCCUCGACUCUUUCCAUAGCUGGACGCAAAGGGGAUAACGGUUCGAGAGUCCAAGGGACUCCUGCCUUUGAAAGUUCCAUACUGAGCAACUUUAGACGGCGACCCCGACAGGCGAGUAUUCUACAUAUGAUGCAAGACGAGGACGGGUCAUCAGAUUUAGACGACGAUGACUUUCUCGGCGGCUUGAGCCCGCAAGAUGAAUCAACGCCACUGAACAUCUCAAGGGGAAAGUCACUUGUCCUCGGACCCGCCAUAUCUUCGCUUGACAAGUCUCCGUCAUUACCAUCAAUUGGUAACUCAUCGAAGCGCAAACGAUCAACCGACAGACCCGAGCCUCAAUCACCUCUUUAUCUCGCGAGCAUCAUGCCUGGGACUCCAAGACCUAAAUUGGCAACCUUGCGGAGCGAAGCCUCCGUUGAGUCACAUGGCCUAGCAGAAACCCCGGCAGCUUUUAGCGAGACUAUGGUGCCACCCAUGAGCAGCCCUGUGUUUAAUAGUACACUGGAAACGUCCACCCAGGAGGCAGAUAGGCUACCACCUGGAACAAGAAGGGCUCGCAAUGCGAAGCCCGCACCAGCAAAAGACAAGAAACUCCAGUUACCGACGGCAGCAUUACAAAAUAAGCUCUUACCCCAAAGGCGCCGAAGAAGGCCAAGACGCCAGAAUCUAUCAAAAUUUGAUGUGCUUAGUGAUUCGGAAGAUGAUCUCCCCUCAGCAGCGGCAGACGACGAUGAAUUGAGCUUCUUACCUAUGCAGAAGCGGUCUCCAGCGCCACGGCCGCCAACGAGUACGAAACCAUUGCGUACUAAUCGGGCAAACCUGAACUCGAAUACUCAUGAUAAGGAUGGCAAGGAAUUCAAGCGAUAUGAGGCUAGCUCGCAUGAAGAAAAAAACUAUCUUAAAGAGAACAAGCCAAUGGAAGUUUCCUCACCUUUGUCAUCAGCUCUCGAUACCGACGAACUUGACUCUGAGUUUGAUCUGGGGCAGGAAGCUCCAGCUAAAGCUUUUUUGAGCGAGGAGUUACGAUUGCAAGCUCUGAAGUUUGCUGAGAUAGACAAAUGGCAAAUGGAGUUUGAAGAUGUGGUUACGGUCGGCACUCAGGAGAACGGUGCAUUUAGGUAA